GACCCGGAAAAAAACACUACGCUUUCUAGUCUAUUAUAAUUCAUUCCGGACUUUAAAACAACGCUACGCGGAUCUCACCCGACCCUACAAAGCCGUCCGUUCGCUCCAUUUUGCGCUACCGUUACUGUUUGGGACUCUUUUUUCUUCAUCAGGAGGUCUUUCUCUCUUCCACCUUCUACUAAUUUGAAUUUUUCCAACUCAGUAAGCUUCCAUUAUUUCUCCCCCUCCCGAUUCAGAUCGGUCCGAAGAGUUUGAGAUCAAGGAGUUGUGGUGCGAGAAUAACUACUUAAACGACGAUGUUUGGUGCAACUAGCCAAAAAGUGCAUCCUGAUAAUGCUUUGUUCUGUGCCCAUUUGCAUCCCAGUCUGUUUUUGGGGAGACCAACAAUGCAAGUAGCAAUCAGUUUGCACCUAAACCUUCCUUUGGUAGUCCAACCCCCUUUUGCUUUCCAAACAGGGAGUUCAAUAUUUGGGGGUUCUUCUACUGAAGUGUUUGGUGCAGCCCAGUUUUCUUCUCCCUUUUUGUCAACCACAGCCUUCGGUGCCUCUUCAUCUCCGGCUUUUGGAAGUUCUAUGCCUGCUUUUGGAUCUUCUUCUUCUCCUGCUUUUGGCAGCUCAUCAGCAUCUUUUGGUGGAUCUUCUGUUUUUGGUCAGAAGCCGGCAUUUGGCUUUGGGUCUACUCCCACUCAAUCAAGUCCUUUUGGAAUCACAGCCUGCAUUUGGUUCCCCGAUACCAUUUCCCAGUCUGCAUUCGGUUCCAGUACUUCUGCCUUCGCUGCUGCAAGCACUCCUGCCUUCGGUGUCACAAGCACUCCUGCCUUCGGUUCAACUGGAAGUUCAGCAUUUGGGAGCACUGGAACUGCAUUUGGUGUGUCUAAUUCCCCGGUAUUUGGAACAGUAGGCACAUUUGGAGCAUCAAGCGCACCAGCUUUUGGCACUUCUCUCACUCAUGCUUUUGGAGCAUCAAAUUCUGCUUUUGGCACUUCCAAGACUCCUGUUUUUGGAGUGUCAAGUUCUGCUUUUGGCGUUUCCGACACUCCUUCUUUUGGAUCAUCUUCUACUCCUUCAUUCAGCUCUGGGUCUAGCCCUGCUUUUGGCCAAUCAACACCAGCAUUUGCCAGUAGUCCUUUUGGAACAACUACAAUUGGAGCACAGGGUUCUUUUGGACCCCGAUGUUCUGCACCAGCAUUUGGACAGUCAACUUUUGGGGCUCAACGUGGGGGAAGUAGAGUUGCUUCUUACCCACCUACAAUUGACGCUGAUAGUAGCAUUGGUACACAGCCUGCUGAGAAGUUGGAGUCAAUUUCAGCUAUGCCUGUUUACAAAGAUAAAAGUCAUGAGGAGCUGAGAUGGGAGGAUUAUCAAUUAGGAGAUAAAGUUGGACUGCAGCCAACCGCGCGGCCCCCUGGAGGGAUUUGCUUUGGUGUGUCAACUGCACCUACAAGUCCUUGUGGUUCUUCUCCAACAUUUGGCCAAACAUCUGCAAAUCCUCAUUCCAUCACAAGUACCAAUCCAUUUAGUCUAAAAUCUCCAUCCUUCAGCAGUGUAGGCUUUGCAACCUCGACUACUACCUCAAACCCUUCCCAAUCAACAUCAUCAAGCCUUUUUGACCCAAUUUCCUCAACAACUUCAGUAUUUAUUUCACCUUUGACUCCUACAUUUGGAACUGGUUCAUCUCUUUUUAGUUCAUCUGUCACUCCUUCAUUUCCAUCUUCACCAUCUAUUUUUGGUACUGCUGCAGUUCCUGCAGCAAUGCCAGCAUUUGCUACCGGUUUAAAUUUUAGCAGCAGCCAAGCAUCCCCUUUGUUCAAUUCUACCCCUGCAAUUGGGCAGGUGACCUCUACUUUUGGACAGAAUACUGGUAGCUUUGACCAAACAAGCAUUUUAAACACACCUUCAACUGGGUUUUGCGGGAAUAUGUUUUCUAGCCCUCUACUGUUGGCUCCUGCUAACAACCCAGCUGCCUUUGGCCCGGCAACUGCAAGUCGCUCAGGAAAUCUUUACUAUCAUUCUUCCUUUUUAUCAUACUUAUGACCAUUUGUUCAUGUAAUUUGUUUAUAGAAUGAUGGAUAUUAUGUUUGUUUCUUUGGCCUUCAACUUUGAUAUCUAUUUCUGUACAUUUUCAUCAUAUGCUGCUGCAGGGAUGCUGAAUUGCAUUUUUUUUCGUUCUUUUAUUAAAUCGAGAAUUCAAGCUAAUUGUUCACUUCUGAGCCCAUGGUUGAUUGAGAAGUAGACUCUUAUCAUUUGAUUAUUAAAAAUCCGGAUAAGAGUUCUUUUUUCUAUUCUUGGGAUGCCAAUCAUAAUUGAUAUUUCUAUGAGGAUAGCUUUUUGCAUAUUCAAAUGUCAAGGUUGGAAACUAGUUGAUUGAAAUGUGUUUCAGAUAAUUAAUGAAAAAAAAAUGCAUUGCUUUAUGAAAAAUGUGUUUAACAGGUCUGCCAUACAGAGUGCUGCUGUAGUACAACCCAUCUAUUACAAACCCUUAUGGAAAACUCCCUGCAAUGCCUCAAAUGUCGAUUGGUCGAGCUGGAACUGCACCAUUACUUCAUUAUGGGAUUUCUAGCAUACCUGUAAAUAUCUUACCUUGUUUAGAGUUUGAUUAGCUGUUUUUUACUUGUUAUAGAUCUCUCUCUUCAUGCUAGUAUCUUCAAUGAUUUGUUGUAAAUUAAGACAUAAUAGUAUUAAUUGGGUGACUGGUAAUAAAUAUAUCAGGUCGUUGACAAACCUUCUCUUGUUAGAAUAUCACCCUUAAUGACUUCUCAAUACCUUUCACAAAGGUGGAUCAGAUUGCCUGCAAGGAAAUGCUGUGAUUAUUAUUGCCAUCUCAUGGAAAGUCACUUUUCUGGUCAAUUGUAAUAUUGCAUUGGGAAAAUGCUGUGAUGAUUUUAUUUUCAAAUAUAUGAGUUCUGUACUUAUUUAGUUUUUUGAA